AUGUUAGUGAGUGUAGCUACAGAAGAAGAGGCGAUUCAGCUUGCUCAAGAAGUCAAGCAAGUUCACGCAGAAGGUGGGUUCGAGAUCCGCAAUUGGGUUAGUAAUUCCAAGCGUGUCAUCCAGGCAUUGCAAGAGGACCGAACAGAAAAGAAAAAUCUCGACGCGACAUCAGAAAUAUCCCAGGAGAAAGUUCUCGGAAUGUGGUGGUGCACCGAUUCCGACACAUUCACCUACAAAGUAGGAUGGAAUCGGUACGGACAAGCUUUAUUGGAAGGUCAAUACCGUCCAACGAAAAGGGAUAUGUUACGCGUCCUUAUGUCCAUGUUUGACCCGUUAGGGCUAAUCGCUCACUUCCUUAUGUAUCUCAAAAUCGUUCUACAAGAAGUAUGGCGUUCCGGAAUUGGCUGGGAUGACCAAAUCAACGAUGUUAUUUACGAGAAGUGGCAAACGUGGCUUGCAGUAUUGCCGCAAGUCGAACGCACUAGUAUUCCUCGGUGUUAUUUCGGUGGAUUUACAGCUGCCAAUGGAGACGUCCAGCUUCAUACAUUUGUUGACGCUAGUGACAAUGGAAUUGCUGCUGCUUGCUACUUGCGUUCUGUUCAUGACGGUAUCGUGAAAUGUAAUUUGGUGGCCGCUAAAACUAGAGUUGCACCUCUGAAAUUCCUUUCCAUUCCGAGGUUGGAACUCCAAGCAGCAUUAAUAGGUGCGAGACUGGCCCAAACGGUAUCUGCAGCCAUAACGAUUCCGAUUACAUGCCGGGUCUACUGGUCCGACUCACAGGACGUGCUAUUUUGGAUCAAGUCCGAUCACCGCCGCUAUUCACAAUUUGUAGCAUUUCGAGUCAGCGAGAUCCUCGAUACCACCGAGAUGUGCGAAUGGAGAUACGUUCCAACCAACCAAAACGUUGCCGAUGAUGGAACCAAAUGGAAGGGACUACCGGAUCUGACUCCUCUAUCUCGAUGGUUUAUCGGGCCACAGUUCUUGUAUUAUUCAGAAGGGAAUUGGCCCCAAACACCGAAGAGUACCAACACUGCCGAUUUGGAGCUUCGUCCGAGUGUGAUGUCACAUUUCUUGGCGCUGAAUUCUUUAAUUAACGUCGAUGAAUACUCCAGUUGGGACCGGAUAAUCAAAGUCGUCGCUUUACUCCACCGCUUUGCUUGCAACUGCAAACUGAAGAUCCAAAGAAAACCAAAAAGGAUCGGGCCCAUUUCGAACUCGGAAUACAAAGUUGCCGAAUCAUACCUCUUACGUCAAGCUCAACACGAAACCUUUCCUGAUGAGAUAGUACAUCUUACAAGAUCACAGGAAAGUGUUGAGCCACCUAUUUCCACAAUUCCUAAAUCAAGUCCUCUUUACCGGAAAUCUCCAUGGCUGGACAAAUCCGGAAUAUUGAGGAUGCGUGGCCGGAUAACUGCUUGCGACUACGCAACCGAGGAUGCAAAACACCCAAUAAUACUUCCCCGUGACCACCAUACCACAAAGUUAAUUGUUUCACACUAUCACCAAAAGUUCCACCAUCAGAACCACGAGACCGUUAUUAACGAAAUCCGCCAGAAAUUCAGCAUUCCGCAUCUGCGCUCGACCUAUACCAAAGUGAGAAAUAACUGCCAACGUUGCAAAAACGAUCGUGCUGUUCCAAGAGUGCCCAUCAUGGCCGACCUGCCUGUAGCACGCCUGGACGCAUUUACUCGCCCGUUCACGCAUGUUGGUGUCGACAUGUUCGGGCCGUACGAGGUUGUUACCGGUCGUCGAGUAGAAAAACUAGGAGUGGAAGUUGUGCACUCCCUCAGCACGGAUUCGUGCAUCAUGGCCUUGCGCAAUUUUAUUUCACGAAGGGGUAAGCCACGGACCUUCUAUAGUGAUCGCGGUACCAACUUUAUCGGUGCAAAGCGAGUACUUCAAGAAACAGAAUGUGUCGUCAACGAAGAAAAGCUGAUGAAGGAGUUCGUGGAUACCGAGACAAGCUGGACGUUCCUGCCGCCAGCCUCACCGCACAUGGGCGGUAGCUGGGAACGGUUAAUUGGUAGCGUUAAGAAAAAUCUGAUGGCAAUUCUGCCUACAAGAAAGCUUACGGAUGAAGUCUUGCGCAACCUUCUUACAGAAAUUGAAAGUACCGUGAACUCGAGACCGCUAACACAUGUUCCGGUAGACGACGAUUCAGCACCCGCCUUGACCCCAAACCACUUCCUUCUCGGGUCAUCCAAUGGGUCAAAGCCGCUGUGCAACGCUGAUGACAGUGGUAGUGCCCUUCGUCAAACCUGGCUGCUUUCUCAGGUCCAGGCUAACCGAUUCUGGAAACGGUGGGUUACCGAUUACCUUCCUGAGAUAACCCGCCGCACGAAAUGGUUCAUGCACACCAAGCCGUUAGAGAUCAACGAUGUGGUUGUGAUUGUCGACCCCAAAUCUCCACGAAAUUGUUGGCCGAAGGGCAGAAUAAUCAACGUCCAGCCUGGAAGAGAUGGUCAACCAAGGUCAGCCACAGUGAGGACUGCAACUGGAAUCUACGAGCGUCCAGCAACUAAGCUGGCCGUGCUAGACGUACGGCGCGAAACAUAG